UGGAACAAGCUCAACUUUCUUUGGAUCUUGUUCAGCAGUGGCUGUGGGCCUCAGAUCAGGAACUUUAUCUGGCUAGUAAUCACAUCGGCAUGCUGGCUUUUGUGCGUGUGUCGGUGCAGGGCAACUGGCAAGUCAGACUCUGAGUUUCACAACCUUGCCAGGAGGAAGCAUCCUUUAUAACGUGUAAGGAACCAUUAAUUUGAUAUACAGCGUACAUGAGGGAUCAUGGCAGGCUUCUACAACUGUCUAAGGAGUAACAAUGACUACAUCAUGGCGACUGGACCCGUGGAUGUCCUAGAGCCGCUUGAGGUUGAAGAAACAGGAAAGAAAAAAUCCAGGUUUCAGAGUUUCAAGAACUUCUUUGCCAAGAAGAAGAAAAAGAAAGAGCCUUCUUCUCCGGGGGCAGAAAACACGCUGAAGCCAAGCCAGUCCAGUAGCGACCUCAGCGACCCUCAUUUUGACUCCGGCAUGCUGCAUUUACCAGCGGAUCCCGGGUCCAAAGGAAACAUGGGAAAUAAAGCCUUAUCGCAUGACAGCAUUUUCAUUUUUGAAUUGCCACCAGAUACAAUUGGCAAAACAUCCUCACAGGAGAACCUUCCUGGGAAAGUGAAAGCUUUGCAGCUUAAGUUCCAGCAGACUCUCCAGCUUAGGUCGCCACCUUUGGUUAUUGCUAGCAAGAGAACAGAAGACACAGGUGCCAUUUCAGAAGAUGAUGGCUUACCCAGAAGUCCUCCAGACAUUUCCACACUCCAUGAUGUUCUGACUUCUUCCGCUAGUACGUCCUCCAACCAUGUUCAGCGACAUAGCUCUUUGAGUUUAGGUGGGACAGACAGUGAAGAUGACCAGGUACCCUCAGAAGCUUCCUCCAGGCCUGUCAGCCCACUGUCUUCCAGCGUCCUCGUGAGCCCCAUCUCACCAACCUGCCGCUUGCUUGCUGUCGAUUUCAACUCCCCAGCUAUUCCGCUGGGCUGCCUGGAUACCUCAGCAGCCAGGCACAAGAUUGCACUUAAUCCACGGAAGCAGAAAGCCUUUAACAGCAAAACUCAGGCCUUGGCUGUGGGAAAACUGGAGAAGGAGCAACGCCUUCUCAGAGCUGCUGAAGGCAAAACAGGCCACCCAAAAUUACUUGAAGAAACUGACUGCCCAGAGGAGAAUUCAGAAGGUUCAUCAGUCCAGAAUACCAGCUAUUUAAAGGAAAUUUGGAUUAACAGUGCAGUUCCCAAGACAAGGAGCUCCAAUCCUUUGCGUUACUCUUGGAAUUUUCUCCCGGGCCCAGGUGGAAUUUGUAUCUCAGCACCAGAGGAUUGCAAUGUUACAGAAACAAAUUUCCAAGAUGAUAUAGCAGUGUCCUGUACAAACGCAGAGUCUUCUCCUGCAGAGAUUGAUCUACAACUGGAGGAGGAAGGAGCAGAAAUGACUCAGUAUUGUAUUAAUGGCCUCAAGCCAAAUCUUCAGAGUGCUGGGAAAGAAGAGCUUGAAAUUUCUGAACCUUCACAAACAGAAACAGAAGCUGUAGUGCUUUGUGAUAUAUUAUUUUCCUCCUCUCAUGGUAACGGCAUGGAAAAGGACUUUGAUUCGCCAGCAGAAUUUAUCCAUGUGUACGUCGAUCAAAAAGCAAAAGGCUCUGGGAAUAGCAGCAGUGCAAUCCAGUUUGACAGAGUGCAGGAAAGACCUGGUGGUGGGCAUGGUGGUAUUGCCCUUGGAUCUGACUCUCAGGUGUCCAUUCCACAGUUUUCUUUAUCUGCUUCAGAAAUGCCCUCAGGAGCUGGGGAUUCUGCAGUUCCAGAGCUUGAGAAAAGCUCAGUUAUCAAAGAUAAUGUGGAAUGUCAUCCAUCUGAAGACCCCGUGGAACCAAGGGUAUCCCCGCACAAAGAAUCAACCAUAUUGGACACCAAUUUAGACAGCACAGAGGGCAAAAAGCUGUGUCUCCUGACAGAAUUUUACCACUCUGUUCUGAACAAUGUCCCAGGCAGCCAAGAGGCAGAGCUCCUCAAAAAAGCACAUGACUCUACUGUGAAAAACAAAUUACCCUCUGAAUCUGCUGAGGUUGCUUCUGAAAGCAUCCCUCUUAAUGAGGAUGCCAGAGAAGAUCAAUCAGACAGUAUAAAAUUAAAAGAAGAAAGCAGAUCGCCAGAUGAGAUUGUCCAGAUCCAGCUGAAGUCCAGUUCUACUAAUCCAGUCAGAUUCACUAUUGCCCCUGCCUGGCAAAGGUCUCUCUCAGGAGGUUCAAAUUCCUUAGAUAGUUCAUGCCCUAGGAGCUCCCCAUCUUCACCAGUAAAACCAGAGUUCUUUGAAGCAGUAUUAGAUACAGCCACACUGGGAAGUAUACCAAACAACCUGGAAAGACUCAAUGGGGAUAUAGGAAAGACUGCAGCCAAUGACUGGCCAAAGGAGGAGCCACAGAGCCAUGACAGCCCAUUUGGGGUUAAGCUGAGAAGAACAGCCUCAUUACUAAAAUACCAAACUGGACAGCAACAUCAUGAGCCCCCAAAACUAGACCCAUUAGCCUUUUCUAGUGUCUCCUCUGUCAAAGAUGAACCAAAGUCACCUGAGCCUGGGCAGCCCCCUCAAAAGCUUACCAGCAAUGCUAAAUCUUUAGGGACAAAAGUCAGUUUCCAGGAAGAGAAAAGUGCCAAUAAGGCUAAACCCGAAGAAGUGACAGCCAAGCAGCAGAUGAACAGACUUCCAGAGAAAAAUCCACCAGCCCAUUUAGAAAUUCCAUCCUCAGAACCAGCUUGGAUCUCCAUGGCAAAACUCAAACAGAAGGGCUUCCAGGGCCUCCCUCUUGCCAAAGGACCAAAAGAAGAAGAGAAGGCCUUAGCCCAAGCUGAGCCAGAGGAGGAGAAGAAUCCAAAUAAUUCUAAGCCUGAGAAGGAUGCUCUCUGUGAGAAUUUACUGAAAAAGAGCAGCACUCCUCCUGUGAAUGCCUGUGAGAAUAAAGCACAAGUGAAGAUAACCUCGUCAUCUCCAACUGCAUCAAUCAAAAUGGUCCCUCAGGAAACCACUUGUGCGGAAAAGGACAUAAAGACAUCGCUGAGCCUGCCGGUAUCCACGUGCAGCCCUGCUGAACCCCCCUGGUUGUCUCUGGCCAAGAAAAAGGCUAAAGCGUGGAGUGAAAUGCCCCAGAUGGUUCAGUAGCAAAGCCAUUCCAGAGGUGUGGUCAACACUGCCAAUAUCUGUAUUAAUAGCAUUUAAUGAUUGUGAGCAUUUUAGUGGCUUGAAAGGAAAGGGUGGCAGUCAGGGAAGGCACCUUUUAACUUGAAGAUGGAAUCGCAAGUGAAUGUUUGAACUGUGGCAGCCGUUAGUAUUAAUACACUGAGUGCUUUUCACUGUAAAACAAGAAAUGCUCCAGGAACUGUUACUUAUGCUUUCUAUGAAGAUUUGGAAUUGUCAAAGACUUUGAGAAGAAGAAGAAGCUUAACUUGCAUUCAAGACAGUAUUUCUGCAUGGUGGAAGGAACGGCCUGAGACAUUUGCAGGGGGAUUUUUUUGAAUUUCCCUUGGUAUUGCUACAAAACUUGGGUGUCUGGUGGCUAAAAAUGAGACUGGUUAGUUGGCAGUGGCUCUUUUGAAUGAAAAGCAACAGCGAAGACGAGGCCAGUGCAGAUAGAUGCCAUUCAUAAGUCACAUUCUUAUGGCCAAACACACCUCUUUUUUUUCUUCUCUCCUGCUCUACAGGAGAUGGUAGUGCCAUGAGGGGCAUUGUGUCAGUACAUCCAGAAACUUCCAGGCUUAUUAUAGAAAAAAGGAAAGGAGUUGCUACGGCAACUAUCAGUAGUAACUUCCCUUGCCACUUCUUUUUGUUUUGCUAACUCAGAACCCAAAAAUGGCUGGGCAGUCAUAUGCACAAUAGGGUUUUUUUUUCCUCUUUUUCAUACCCCUGUCCAGCCAUGCAGGUGUGAGGAUACCUGUAUAGAGGACUGGAUGGCGACACCCUUCUAAAUGAUGUGUGUGCACAAACUGUGCGCUUCCUCCCUCAAAUCAUCACGAGUUCCUUCUGUGUAUUGCUUGCCUUUGUAAUUCAUCACUUCAAAGAACUCCUGGCUCAGUCAGCUAGAAGGGUCUUGAGGCUUCACCAGUGCUAGCUACAGACCUUCACAUUCAGCAGCACUCUUUUCACUGGCUUUGCGGGCUACACAGCAUAGAUGUCAAAGCUGUAGGUUUUCACGGGAGGUGCUAGCUGCGCAUCCCAGCCUUGGACAAGUGCUGCAGCUGUACCAGGGUUUACUGAAUCUUCCACCCUCUGCUGUUCAAAGUGACGGAUGGUGACGGUUCUGUUUCCUACAUGUAAAACUCAUGUUUCACUUUAAUGGGCCGGCCAGACUCUGCUCUCUGGUUUGGCGGAUACCUGAAAAGAGGUAUAAAAUCCACUGCUGCCUGUAACCAAGUCCCAGUGGCCUUUCUUGAGAACAGAGAGCUGUGUAGACAUGUUCCCAUGCCAAAGGCCCUGGAGUUCAUCUGCCAUGGAGAACAACCUCACAUGCUGAAGAGAUUUGUCUCUUUUUGGAUGUCUUCCAAAGUCUGGCUGGCCCAGCCACUGAAAAGUUUUAAACUUUUCUUGAAACUGCGCCCCCAACAGUUGCUCCAGCUGCCCCUGUUCCUAAUGGACUUUUGGUCACCAAUGCAAGGAAGCGGCCAUACCGUUUUAACUCGGAAAUCACCCCCACUGAUUCUGUCCAAGUCGUCCACGGGCCUCACUUAAUCUGGAUUGCUGCCCUAACUCCUAAUCCCCUUUGCAAAGGACACCAAAAGCUGUGCAUUCCUUUUUUAACGUUUGUCUCUAAAGACCUUUUAAACAUACCGUGUGUAUAUACGUUUUUGUAAUCCUUGCAUUUCAGUAACCCCUUUUUUGUACUUUGUUUCUGUACUUUGUUUACUAUUAAAUGGUAUUGUCUUAAAGGAA